AUGAUAACACCUUGUAUUAUUGCAUCAUGAGUUGGAUACACAGACCGUUUGGGUGGUGUAUUGCGCCAAUUAGCAUAUGGGCUGUCAUUUCACAAUUUUCUGCAAAACGUCAAAAGAUAAGAGAAGGAGAACAAAAAGAAGCAGGACAGUCCAAUUGGCAAAAACAUUUAAGACGUGUGUAAAUUUAAUUUUCGAGUCGACUUGUUUCUUUCAUUAAUUUAAAACAAUUAAAUUCGGUAACUUUUAUCAAAAAAUUUCAAGUGUAUUUAAGCAGGCUAUAAUGGAGACGGAUUUAGGUGAUGAAAUGCAAAUGCAUGAGGAGCAAAAAGAAAAUAUAACUGACAAAGAGAAAGCUGAACAUGAAGGCGCAAGCAGCAUCAAAAAAGAGGAUAUUGAAAACAAAAAUAAUAAAUCAUUUUUGGAUAUGGCUCCCUCGCAGGCCAAUCUUUUGGUUUCAACCUCAAAACUGGAAGAUCGCAAUAUAGAAGAACCAUUGGCGGUACCGGAUGGUGUGUCAGAAAAUGUCGAUUUACCUUCUACAAGUGGUUGUGAUUUGGCGAAAAUAAAAAUUCAGGAUUCUGCUGAAAAAUCUGCUGCUCAUAAAAAUUUUACCCAAAAAAUUGCCACGCUUCAAGAAAAGUCAAAAAAUGUACGGGCUAAAUUAGGAUUGCAUCGGCGUGAAUUACAGCAGCAGUGUGCUCUUGUUUCGCAAUCGCCCCAAGUUUGUCAUAUCAAUGACAGGUUGGCAGCAAAAGCAAUGACUGCUUUGCGUGCCAACACAUCUCGUGGCACUGAUAAUUCGCAAACACCUAGCACAGCUACGCAGUCUGCAGUUGAAGUUAAUGCAAAUGCAAACAGUUUAACUGUACAACAUCAGCGUCCUUCACGACGAGAUCUGCAGGAACAAUUGGAAGGUUUGCAAGAGCUACUUAAUCAACUGACUCUUAAAAAUCCUCAGCUGAAAGAGUGCGUUCAAGAAUUAGCGCAAGGUAAUCCCAAACUACGCCAACUUGAUCUCUUUGCAGCGGUUGGGCCCGAAAAAGCCAUUAGGGCAUCUGAACCUGUACCAAGCGUUUCCCGAUCUCAGAGUAACGCAAAACAAAGGCGAGAAUCAGAAGUAUCUAAUGCCAGCACGACAACAUCACAAAAGGAUACAGCUACCAAUACAAAUGACAACAGCAAUGGUGCACAGAAAAGCAGUCGAAAACGCGCACGUAACCGUAAAAAUAAGACCAUCAAACCCAGUAAAAGCCAGGCAAGUGAACAGGAAGCAUUGUGUAAAUACAUAAAUAGCAUUGUGAGCCAAUAUUUAGGCGUAGAGAAAAAACAAAAGGCCGAUGAACUGGAAUUUAAAGGCACCUUCGAUGAUUUGGAGGCGCAUGCACAGAAAUUAGUGCAGGAAGGUAUUGGACGCAUUGUGGAAGAAGAAAUAAGAAUUAACCGCAAGAAUAAUAGGCAAUCAUUUAUUGUCAUGUCUGCCGAUCGGGAAGGUGUUGAACGUGAUGGCAUUAUAUUACUGCCUGUGGGAAGGCGUUACGCUUUUGAGGGUGAUUUAGUGCGUGCUUUUGUAAUGAAUGCUGGCAUGGCAGCGACCUCAACAACAUCACAACAUGCAAAGGAUGCCCAUGAAACAUCAACUAAGGAGGAUAAAAAGGAGGAUGUCGGAUCAUCUGCAAUAACGGGUGGCAAAGAGAAUUCAUUUUGCCUAGGUGAUGACGAGGAUCCUUUUGAAGACACCGAAUCGCCGGAUUCUGAUGUCGAUGUUGAUCAGAAUGAUUUAGAUACAUCUGCCGUUGUAGUGCCGGAUAAUUGCCCCAAAUCCUUCGUUAUAUCUAUUGUAAAACAAACGCAGUUGCGAGAAGUUGUGGGCGCUAUAUCCUUCAAGAAUUCCAUGAAGCUAAAUAACGAAACAAACUAUUACAAACUAAAACCGUACGACAUGCGCGUUCCAAUGGUUUACAUUCCAGUAGACGCAUGUGCUUCACACAUCACAUCCGAGAAUAAGGCUGAUAUCUGUGGAUUACUUUAUUUGGUGCGAAUUCUUGAAACCGACAUUAAUGGCCAUUGCAUUGGCGAACUAGUACAGCCGGUGGGAAAAGUGGGUAAUAUGGAGUCAGAACUGAAAGCAAUACUUCUGCAUAAUGGUCUAAAGGAUAUAAAACCUUUUGACCAACGUUUUAAUGAUCUAUAUGCACAACCCGAUCAGCCUAUAAGUGCAUCGGACUUGCGUGGUCGAGAAGAUUGGCGAAGGAAAUGUGUUUUUACUAUUGAUCCGUUGACAGCGCGUGAUCUUGAUGAUGCCGUUUCAAUGGAGCGUUUGGGCGAUGAUUUAUAUGAAGUAGGUGUCCAUAUCUCUGAUGUAGCUCAUUACUUGAAGGAAGAUAGCGAACUGGAUAAUAUCGUUAAGCAACGCGCUACCUCCAUAUACUUAGUAAACGAAGUUAUUCAUAUGCUGCCGCAAACAUUAUGUUUUAAAUGCUCUCUACUGCCGGGCGAGGAUAAAUUUGCUUUCUCCGUUUUCUGGCGCAUGAAUACGCGUGGGGAAGUUUUGGGACAACCACGAUUCACGCGUACAGUCGUUAAUUCUUGCGUACAAUUAGCCUAUGAGCAUGCACAAAAGGUCAUUGAAAAUCCGAAUGAAGAAUUUGGUAUCGAUGAUUUUCCGACUAUUUGCAACGGAUUCAGUGUAGCCGAUAUUUGUGCAAGAAUAAAAAUUUUAAAUACAAUAGCAGAACAUAUGCGCCAGAAGCGCUUCGAUGGUGGUGCACUAUCAAUUAACAAUCCAAAGUUGCGUUUCAAUUUAGACCCAAAAACCGGAGAGCCGCUAAGCUAUGAAGUGGAUAGCCGUUUCGAAGCAAAUUUUUUAAUUGAAGAAUUUAUGUUGCUGGCAAAUCAAUCGGUUGCGCGGUUCAUUUUUAAUCGAUAUCCAAAUUUAUCUAUAUUGCGCAAUCAUGCGCCACCACUUUCGAAAUCUAUGAAAAAUUUGCGCGAGAAAUUGGCCAAUUUGGGCAUGGAAUUGGAUUGCUCAAGUUCCAAAACAGUCUAUGAAAGCAUGCAAAAAUUGUGUCGUCAAGCUAAGGAUCCCCAAGCAAUGGAUGCUUGUUUGAGCACGUUGCUUACAAAGCCAAUGGCACGAGCCAAGUAUUUUUGCAGUGAAGGCAAAUCGGAGGAGGCAGAUUUAUGGCAUUACGCUCUUUCUAUACCGAUAUAUACACACUUUACUAGUCCAAUACGUCGCUACCCUGAUGUUCUUGUGCACAGAGUACUCGCCGCUGCAUUAGACUACUGCCCACCGCCCAAACGCACCACAGACGAACUGCACAUGCUUGCCAAAAUUUGCAAUGACCAAAAAUAUAAUGCUAAAAAUGCUGGAGAUGAAUCAAUUAAUCUCUUCUUUAAACGUUAUAUCAAAGAAAAGCAAUCAAUUACAUUGCGUGCUGUGGUUACCGAAAUCUUUCAGCAUCUAUUGAAUGUGGUCACUAUUGAAACUGGACACUCGAUAAGUAUUAAUUUUAAAAUGCAAAAAGUAUUGGUUGACACAUCAAAUGCACCUGCAUAUGUACUCAUUGCCGAGCGGAAUUCAAAAAAUCCACCGGUGAAAUUGCAACUGUUCUCCACCGUCGAUGUGAAGCUAGUCAUUUGGGAUGAGAAAGUUUGUGGGUUUUUCGCUUCGCCAGAUCCUAAGCAACGUCAAAUUAACAGUAUAGAAUUGUCGAAGAAAAAGCAACAAGGCGGGAGUAGCGCUAAUAAUUCUCUAAGCGAGAGUAGUGGCACACGUAAACAGCGUCGUACAUCACAGCGUUCAGCACAAGAGUUAAAUGAUGCGAAAACACAAUCACCAGCUACCGGUGCUAAAUCGAAAUCAAAGCAGAAUAAUAAUAAUAAAAAGAGCAAUGAAAAACGUAUUUACGCUGUUCUACCUGAUGGCGAAAAGAAUUAAUAUUGGACUGAACAUUAAUUAGUUCCUUAAAAAUUUUCAAAUAAUCUACUCAAAAGCAAUAUACAAUUCGAAUCGCGAUUCUUUUUUUCCAAUUUUAAUACAAAUUGACAAACUAAUGGACUAUUACUUGUAAUGCCUUACCAAAACACAUGCGAUAAAUAUGUAUAAACUAUUCUGCGUCCGCAAACGGAUUUAUGAUGAAUUUGGUCAAAUUAUACCUCAAUGUCUUGCCAUGCACUACCGGGCAAUGUGUAUUAAUUUUUCAACUCUUUAAUUGUAUAAUUUUUGUUAAAAGACAACACUCAUGCAUACAUACAUAUUGAAGUACCCAUAUACAAAAUUUUUUCAAUCGUUUUUAAUAGAUUUCGCCGUGGAAGCGGAAAUUUAGACAUACCUACUAUAUACAUAAAUAUGCGCGGUAAACGUAUACAAUUUUUUACGAUAAAUUAUUGAUACCGACCAAAAAUUGUAUGUUUAUUGUAUAAGCAAAAGUAAAUCAUUAAAAUGUGAUCUUCAUCAUAAAAAAAGCAUACAAACGCAGUAGUUGUAUGUAUGUAUUUAUAUUUUAAGCUAUUUUGUAUAGUUUAGCGAAUUUUUACCAACAAAUCGAAUUUGAGAAACAAAUACAAAUAAAGAGACAAACAAAGAUGAUAGAAUAUCGUAUCGCA